AAUUGCUUUUAUUUACUGACAUUUUACAAAUUGAUGAAGCUCUUAAAUAUUGCAUUUUCCCCUUCAUUCUCUUGGUAUUUCUCUCACCUUGUGAUAAGGAGGCUAUGGUAGAAACUAAAAUUUGUAGUUCACAAGAGAUUAGACCUCUACUGAUGAUUACUAAUCUAUCAUUUUUUUUCUGGGCUUGCUUUGAGGGUAUGUUUUGCUUCUCCUGAUCCUUUCUGUAUAUAACUGAAGCCCAGCUCCACUUUCUCUCAGUGUACCUACAAAUAGCUCAGAAACAAGAUUAGCUUCAGUAUGGGACACUUCCUUGUGUUUGAAUAAUGAUAUUCACUUAACCUAUUUGUAAAAACUCUCAAUAGUGUACUUGAGUUAGUACUUCGCGUGACCUUGGCUCCUAUUCUUUGCUGUUAUUUACUGAUAAAAAUAAAUCUCCUGCGCUAUGCGGUAGGAAUCACUACGAAAUUCAGGGAAAGUCCUAAGAGGAUUCAUAUGCUAAUGAGCCCUUCCAAGUGAGAACUUGCUUAAAUGUGCCAUUUGCUGACAUCAUUGUUAUGGGCAGAGUGGAGAUGAUUUCUUUAAGAGGUGGCCUUUCAUAUUCUCCCAGCGUUUCGUGGCCCGCGCGUGCACCUGCGGGAGGGGGAAGUUUACAUAAGCGUCCUAGGGUAUUUGCAUCUUAGCGGCUUCACUCACUGGGCUCCGGAGAAUGGAGCGGGCGGGCGGCGCAGCCAUUGUUUGAUGUCCUGUGCCUGAGAAACCAGGCUUUAAACUUUAUGCCUUUGGAGAUGGAGCCCAAAAUGAGCAAGCUGGCCUUUGGCUGUCAGAGAAGUUCCACAUCAGAUGAUGACUCUGGCUGUGCGUUGGAGGAGUAUGCCUGGGUUCCCCCGGGCCUGAGACCAGAGCAGAUCCAGCUCUAUUUUGCUUGCUUACCAGAGGAAAAGGUUCCUUACGUUAACAGCCCUGGAGAGAAGCAUCGGAUUAAACAGCUUUUGUACCAGUUACCACCACAUGAUAAUGAGGUGCGGUAUUGCCAGUCUUUGAGUGAAGAGGAGAAAAAAGAAUUGCAGGUGUUCAGUGCUCAGCGGAAGAAAGAAGCACUGGGAAGAGGAACAAUUAAGCUUCUGUCCAGAGCAGUCAUGCAUGCUGUGUGUGAGCAGUGUGGGUUGAAGAUAAACGGAGGUGAAGUUGCAGUGUUCGCCUCCCGCGCGGGCCCUGGCGUGUGCUGGCACCCAUCCUGUUUUGUCUGCUUCACGUGCAAUGAGCUGCUGGUCGACCUCAUCUAUUUUUAUCAGGAUGGAAAAAUUCACUGUGGCAGGCACCAUGCAGAACUGCUCAAACCACGGUGCUCGGCAUGUGACGAGAUAAUUUUUGCUGAUGAGUGCACAGAAGCUGAGGGUCGCCAUUGGCACAUGAAGCACUUCUGCUGCCUUGAGUGUGAAACGGUCCUGGGAGGACAGAGGUAUAUCAUGAAGGAUGGCCGCCCCUUCUGCUGUGGCUGUUUUGAGUCUCUCUAUGCGGAGUACUGUGAAACCUGUGGGGAACAUAUUGGUGUGGACCAUGCGCAGAUGACCUAUGACGGGCAGCACUGGCACGCCACAGAAGCAUGCUUUUCUUGUGCCCAGUGUAAAGCCUCUUUGUUGGGAUGUCCCUUCCUUCCCAAACAGGGUCAGAUUUACUGCUCAAAAACAUGCAGUCUCGGUGAAGACGUCCAUGCCUCUGAUUCUUCCGACUCUGCAUUUCAGUCAGCUCGAUCAAGAGACUCCCGAAGAAGUGUCCGAAUGGGCAAGAGCAGCCGGUCAGCAGAUCAGUGUAGACAGUCUCUCCUCUUAUCGCCCGCUCUGAACUACAAGUUUCCUGGCCUCUCAGGCAAUGCCGAUGACACCCUCUCUCGAAAAUUGGAUGAUCUGAGUCUCUCCAGGCAAGGAACAAGUUUUGCCAGUGAAGAAUUUUGGAAAGGCAGAGUAGAGCAUGAAACUCCAGAAGACCCUGAAGAAUGGGCUGAUCAUGAAGAUUAUAUGACGCAGCUCCUCCUCAAGUUUGGUGAUAAAAGCCUCUUUCAGCCACAGCCCAAUGAGAUGGAUAUUCGAGCCAGUGAGCACUGGAUAUCUGAUAACAUGGUUAAAAAUCAGACCGAGUUAAAGCAAAAUAACCAGAGCCUUGCAAGUAAAAAAUACCAGUCUGAUAUGUACUGGGCACAGUCACAAGAUGGCCUGGGUGAUUCUGCUUAUGGCAGCCACCCAGGCCCUGCAAGCAGUAGAAGGCUCCAGGAAUUGGAUCUGGACCAUGGGGCUUCAGGGUAUAAUCAUGAUGAAACACAGUGGUAUGAAGAUUCCCUGGAGUGUCUGUCAGACCUGAAACCAGAGCAAAGUGUUCGGGAUUCGAUGGAUUCUUUGGCAUUGUCCAAUAUCACAGGGGCUUCGGUGGAUGGAGAAACCAAGCCAAGGCCAUCAUUAUAUUCGCUGCAAAAUUUUGAGGAGAUGGAAACAGAAGAUUGUGAGAAGAUGAGCAAUAUGGGAACUUUGAACUCUUCCAUGCUGCACAGGAGUACAGAGUCCUUAAAGAGUCUAAGUUCAGAGUUGUGUCCAGAGAAAAUCCUGCCUGAAGAGAAACCAGUACAUCUGCCAGUGCUCAGAAGGUCCAAGUCUCAGUCCAGACCACAGCAGGUCAAGUUUUCCGAUGAUGUCAUCGACAAUGGGAACUAUGACAUUGAAAUCCGGCAGCCUCCGAUGAGUGAAAGGACUCGGAGACGCGUCUACCAUUUUGAAGAGAGGGGAUCCAGGUCUCAUCACCACCGCCGCAGGAGAAGUAGGAAGUCGCGCUCCGACAACGCCCUGAAUCUUGUUACAGAAAGAAAAUACUCUCCCAAGGACAGACUGAGGCUGUACACCCCCGAUAACUAUGAGAAAUUUAUACAGAAUAAAAGUGCCCGGGAGAUCCAAGCAUACAUCCAGAAUGCUGAUCUUUAUGGACAGUACGCCCAUGCCACUUCCGAUUACGGCCUGCAGAACCCAGGAAUGAAUCGGUUUCUGGGACUCUAUGGCGAGGAUGAUGAUUCCUGGUGUUCUUCCUCUUCCUCCUCUUCCGACUCGGAAGAAGAAGGAUAUUUUCUUGGACAACCAAUCCCUCAACCCCGGCCACAGAGAUUUGCCUACUAUACAGAUGACCUUUCUAGUCCACCGUCUGCACUUCCCACCCCUCAGUUUGGUCAGAGGACAACAAAAUCCAAGAAGAAAAAGGGACAUAAGGGCAAAAAUUGUAUUAUUUCUUAACCAAGUAGUGAUGGAGAGCAUUUGUUUAAAACUUAGCCAUUAAUCAUCUGAAUCGUAUCCUUUUCUUCCAUAGGAAAGUUGUGAAAAUAGUUUAAAGUGCUUCCUUUGCCCAUGUAAAUGAGAACCCAACUGCUGUUUACGUGUCAGAUUAACAUUUGAAAGGUGUGAUUUCUCCAAUUUACCCUCCUUGGAUGGUGCCAGGUGGACCUGACAUCUUGUGCCUAUCGGGUGCGUUACAGAUCGAUACAGCUGCUUUGGUUUCCAAUCCUCAAGGGAAUACUCAAGAUGCUGUCUCAAGGGGAUUGGAUGUGGGUGUUGAUUUUAGAAGAUGGAGAACUCCAGCCACCUUUGUAAAGCAAUAGUGUUUGUCAUUUACGUAAGUCAGGUCGGUUCAGGUCUUGGUAGUCCGUCUUGGUGUGAGGCAUGCCAGUCACGAUGACCUAGCUAACACUGUGCAUCUUAUUGUGAGGCCAACUUGUCCCUUCCAACCCUCUUUGGCCAGGUAAACAUUGUAUUGUAUCAGCGCCAGCUACAGAUUGAAAAAAAAAACAACAUUGCUAUUUAUAACUUAGUAUUUCAUAGACUUAAGUGUAUUCCUAAUUUAACGGUGCAAAUAUUAAUGUAUAUACUGUACAGUUCAGAUUUUAAAACUGAUAUUUUUAUAUCCCUGAAUUGUAAGCUGUUUGUUACGCUGCAGUGCUAGAUUUGCUAGGGAACCAGAAUUUAUGGAUGAACUGAUUGCUUGUAUUUUAGUCAGGGUUUAUAAAUGUAGAUGGUCAAAUUUAUAUUGCUUAGUGAUGGAAAAUUCAAUUUUUUUGAUUUUUUUUUCCAAAUAUUAAAAAAGGCUCUGUAUGCAUGGUGGGGCUAUGUAAAUACUCUACAAGUAUGGCCCUGUUAAUCUUCCAAGUGUUAUUUAUGGGUCAAGCAAUGUAAACUGUAUAAAUGUAAAAACAGCCCCCCACACAUAACCCCUGGAAUAUAUGGUAAAAACAAGUAGAAGCUGUUUCAGUGAGUGGGUUUUUUCCCCCUGCCUGCGGAGGGUGCCUUUCUCAUUUUCAGCACGGUGAUGAUUGUCUCAUGGGAAAUGACAAAGAUCUGCUUUUGUGGCAGAGGACUUUGUAGAUUUGUUAUUUUAAGAGAGGUUAUUCCUUUUUAUUCUUUCCCUCCUGCUAAUUUGCUGGCCUUUAACAGCAAUUUUGGAAACUGGGUCUUCUGGUUGUUUUUGUUUUAAAAUCUUUAAAUUAGAGGAUGCUGUGCCAUUGGGUGCUUUAAGUUAAUAUGAGUUUCUGGUUCAAGGAAGACUUAUGUUGGAUCUGAACUAAUGAGCAGAUAUUUUGAUAUGUGCCAUUCUUGCAUAUACAUCUCAGUCCUAACUAAAGGUUCUAGUGGCAUCCAGGACCUUUCGGGAGGCAUUUAAAAUAAACGCUUAAUAAAUAACAAAA